CCUCGUGGUUAAUGUGCCCGUGAAUAGCUUGGAAGCACGUGUGCAUUCGUACCAAGAAGCUGACCCAAAUCGUUGGCGGGGAAAUCAAUAAGGCUGAAUCUCAGCGAUGUUCUUGCAGUUCUAUAUCAACGAGCAGGGCGACAGGGUUUACACGCUAAAGAAGGUGGACCCUGCUGGCCAGCCAACGUGUUCAGCCCACCCUGCCCGCUUCUCCCCAGAUGACAAGUACUCGCGCCACAGGAUCACCAUCAAGAAACGCUUUGGCGUCCUGAUGACCCAGCAGCCUCGGACAGUGGUAUGAAGCGUAUUCCUCCAGUGUCUGCUGAAAUUGCCGCAGCCCAUCAAGAUGAGAGCAGCUUCUUCCACAGUCACCAUGAAGAAGUGGGCAGUGGGGAAAAAAGAGCCCCACCUCUCUUUUGUGGUCUGCUUAUCUUUUGGACUUGGUGUGCUGCUGGUGUGUCGACCCUCCUUUUUCAUUUUCUGUUUGUUCCAUGGAAUACGAAAAUGCAGGCAUUUUUGCAAGAGGCUUUGCAUAAUUUCCCAUGCUGUGCGAUUUCUGGUUUCGAAUAAAUAGAAUGCUCCAUUGUUUUAUUUCUUCA